AUGGCUUCGUCUUUAGAGCAAUUUGUAAAUAAUGUUAGAACAUCAUCAGCAUCGGGUCAUUUUAGGGAGUUAGUGGAAAUGAUAGGAAAGUCAGAUGAAGUCUUACAAAGAAACAGUGCUCAUUUGAGUACAGUUUUGGAAACACUAGAUAUUCAACAACAUUCUCUUGGUGUUUUAGCUGUACUUAUUGCUAAAUACUCUGUCCCACAAGGAACAACUGAGGUCGAUAAAACAAAUAUGUAUCAGAAAAUUCAUGAAUUUAUAACUAAUUGUAAUGGCGAACAAGUACGCUUAGCACCUGACUUGUAUGCAGAAUUAUGCCACCAACUUACAGAACACUUAAUUGAAAUAAAACAGCCAAUACGAGGUAUUGAGUUACUCAAGAAAGCCAUCAAGAAAAUACAAUUAUUUGAUUCCCAGUUAACUUCCAUACAUUCCGACUUAUGUCAGCUUUGUUUGCUCUCUAAGUGUAUGAAACCAGCACUAGAAUUUUUAGAUACAGAUGUUACAGGAAUUGGAUCAGAGUUGGGAGGAACUAAUGAUUCAAAGCAUUUUCUGCUCUAUUAUUACUAUGGAGGUAUGAUAUACGCAGCCAUGAAAAACUAUGACAGAGCUUUAUACUUUUUUGAAGUAGUUGUUACUGUUCCUGCAAUGGUUGUUUCUCAUAUAAUGCUAGAGGCUUAUAAAAAGUACAUUUUGACCUCUUUUAUCUUGCACGGAAAGAUUUUGCCUUUGCCCAAGUACACAUCACAAGUAGUCUGUAGAUUUCUUAAGCCGUUGUCAGUAGCUUAUCAUGAACUUGCCACUUCUCAGCAUGCAGCUAUAAAACAUAGAGAAACAUUUGUGCGCGAUAAGAACAUGGGAUUAGUAAAUCAAGUUCUAAACUCUAUGUAUAAGAAAAAUAUUCAGAGGCUUACGAAGACAUUUUUAACUCUGUCAUUAAGUGAUGUAGCUUCACGAGUACAGUUAUCUGGCCCAGCCCAGGCAGAAUCAUAUAUACUUAAUAUGAUAGAAGAAGGAGAGAUAUAUGCAAUGAUUAACCAAAAGGAUGGGAUGGUUGUGUUCUUGGACAGCCCUGAAAAAUAUGCCUCGCCUGAAACAUUAUGUGUACUAGAACAACAGAUGGCUGCUUGCACUAAGCUUCAUCAGUAUAUUCAAGAAAUGGAUGAACAAAUACAAGUUAACCCCCAAUAUGUCAAAAAAUCAGCAGGAAGCCAUGAUGAGGAUAUGCCAGCCACAAGCCAAAACUCAAAAAAUACUUAUUCCAUGUAA